GAGCUUAUUUUUUCAUUUGUACAGUUUUAGAGAAGUCGACAGAAAGAUGCUUUACGCAAAAGUAUCCCUUCUUUUUCUUGCUGCCUUUGCCCUGUUUUGCUGUUUCGCUCCAACUGCAGAUGCUGGUGGAACGUGUUACUAUUCAGUGUCCCACAUAGGAUCUUACAGGAGAUACUACAGGACGUACUAUAGAUCUCCUCGCUAUUACUACUAUCGCUGUGGCUGGUGGGGCUGGAGAAGAUGUCGCGCCACCUACUAUGUGAAUAUCUAUUACACAUAUUCGACUGUCAAUUAUCGGAUUCAGUACCAUUCUCAAGGUUAUUGUUGUUCAGGAUAUUCUGGAUCAAAUUGCGACCCAAUUUGUUACAAUUCUUGCAAUCGCUGUACAGGGUGCCUUGCACCUUACCGAUGUCAGUGUCAAGCUGGUUAUACAGGAAGCACUUGUUGCAGUGACUAUAAUGAAUGUAAUGUGAAGAAUGGUGGGUGUGAACAGAACUGUCACAAUACAGUUGGUAGCUUCUACUGCAGUUGUCGAUCUGGUUAUUCUAUUAGCUCCGAUAAUCUUCAUUGUACUGAUAUCAAUGAGUGUAAUUCUAACAAUGGUGGUUGCAGUCAGCACUGCCACAAUACACAUGGUGGGUACUCGUGUUCUUGUGAUUCUGGUUAUUCUCUAGCUGGUGGACAGACAUGUGUCGACAUCAAUGAGUGUAAUACUAAUAAUGGUGGGUGCGAUCAGAACUGCAUCAACCAGCCAGGAACAUAUCACUGCACUUGUAACACUGGCUACACACUCAGCUCAAACUUGCACAGUUGUGUAGAUGAUAAUGAAUGUAAUAAUGGAGUGGCUAAUUGUAAUCAUUACUGCUUCAACACUGAUGGCUCAUACCUAUGUUAUUGCCAAUCUGGCUAUGAGCUAGCAGCUCAAGGUGACUCAGAUACUUGUGUUGACACUCAGGAAUGCAACAACAACAAUGGAGGAUGCGAUCAGAACUGUUUCAAUACUAUUGGUAGCUACUACUGUACCUGCAAUAAUGGAUAUAACCUUACAGCUGAUGGACACUCUUGUAUUGAUUUUAAUGAGUGUACCAAUGAUGCUCAUCUCUGUGAACACCACUGCUACAAUAAUGUUGGUAGCUAUACUUGUGACUGUAUGAUUGGCUACAGUCUUGAUCCUAAUGGCUAUGAUUGUCACGAUAUCAACGAGUGUUUGACUAACAAUGGGGGAUGUGAAGAGAUAUGUACCAACACUAAUGGAUCCUAUGUCUGUUCCUGUAAUAUUGGGCAUCUCCUUGAUGAGGAUCUUCAUGGCUGCUCUGAUCACGAUGAGUGUGCUACUAAUGCUCACGACUGUGAUGAGACUAAUGGUAUCUGUCACAACACUCAUGGCAGCUUUUACUGUACAUGUGAGAUUGGAUACAGGCUUGAUGCUGAUAACAGGACAUGCAAUGAUAUCAAUGAAUGUGCUGAGCACUCAUCAGGCUGUACUCAAGUCUGUAAUAAUGACAUUGGUAGCUACCACUGCACAUGCUACACUGGCUUUGAACUAACUGCUGACAAUCACAACUGUACUGAUAUCAAUGAGUGUACACUUAAUACUGAUGGUUGUGAGAGGUACUGUCACAAUCUCAUUGGAAGCUACUACUGCUCAUGUCAAAUCGGGUAUCAAGUUGCUGCUGAUUCUCACUCUUGUGUCGGUCAGCCCUGCAUACCACAGCUACCAGCUCCAGCCAAUGGUCAGAUCAACUGCACUGGUGACCAAAUCACCAAUGAGAACUGCACCUUCUCUUGUUCUCCUGGCUAUCAGCUGAUGGGAUCCAGAGAGCGUCAGUGUCAACUCACCAAUGAAUGGACAGGAGUCCAUGCUUACUGUCAAGUAUUGAGUUGUCCUCCAUUAGAGGCAACAGCGAAUGCUUAUAUCUACACUAAAGCAUGCUCUAGUGAUUUUGGGUCCUCCUGUGAGAUACGUUGCAAUGAUGGGUAUUACAUUAACGGGACCACUCCCUACUAUCAGAGGUGUCUUGUCAAUGAGGCCACUAACACUGUUUACUGGAGCCCAUCACCUGUCUGUCAAUAUGUUCCACCUUGCCUCUCCAAUCCUUGUCAAAAUGACGGAGUCUGUCACGAGGCCAAUCCUCUUAAGUACUACUGUGAUUGUUCUGGUACAUACCACACUGGUAGUGAUUGUGAGAUCGGUUACAUUGAUAUCCCCAACCUACCGAUCAUAAAUAUCAACACUCCAUAUCCUUUCGUCAUCUCAGCUAAACCGGAUGCCAACCUUGCUGUCAGUAUCUCCUCUUCCAUAUCUACUCUUAGCUUCUCUGACUCUCAGAUCUUGUUCAACUCCUCCUAUCAGUCACACACACUGACAAUCUCAGCCUCCACUGCUGGACUGUAUGUACUUCAGUUCUCUAUCUCUGGACCAGCUGCCUCUACCUUCCAAACACCAUCUCCCAUACUUGUCAUUGUUACUGAUUCAUCUGCUUCUCAUACACCUAACAAUUACUUUACAACCGUUAAUCAGCCCGUGGGUCAGUUAGCUCCUGGUUGCUGUAGUCCAGGUGGUCAGCUCUACCAGUGCCCUUACUCCACUAACACUGUCACCUUCCAGUCCAGCUGUGGUUGGACCAUUGACGACGAGGGUAACCAUGAGACUCGUGGCAUUGUCUUCACGACUGGCAACGGAGUCUCUCUACCAUUCUCCAUUGCUGGUAUAGAGCUUGCAUUUGAUGGCUACAAUGUAGUGUACAGUCUUCCUGAUGACAGCACUUCAUGUGGCAGCUGUGCCUCUACUGGCUCCUCCUGCUAUCAAUACGACAUGACCUCGGCCGAUCUUGUAGACCUCCUCUCCUCAAACUCAAUAGCUAAGACCUAUCUCUCUGGAGCAGCCAAUCUCAUUCCUUCGUGGAUCAGUUUCUCAGUUGGCGAUGCCAAUAUCACUGGCCAGUCAUUCUCUCUCUCUGAAUACACUGUCUAUGUUAGUACUGGGGCUAAUGCAUACCUCAUUCCUGGUUGCUCUUCCCUUGGUCUUGAUCCCAAUGGACUCUACUCUGUAUUCAGUUACAGGGAUCCCAUUACGAUGGUCGUUAACAGUCAAACCAAGUCCUAUAACUCCGGUCCUCCGGUUUGUUUUGCUAUUGAUAUUUGUCAAGGAGCCGACUCGUCAGUUCAUGUCACUAUACCAAAUGAAGCUCAGUCACAAAUACUCUCUCUCAGUCAAUUCCAGACAUACAUCAGUAAUGGAUGGCAGUUCACAUUGAGAGAGGCUGAAGUUAAAGAUGGAGGUGUACCACCUCCUUCAGAUCUUCCCACUGAUUACUGGGUAGAUGGAGCUACUGUACAAACUGCCUCGGUCCUUCCUGACUUUGACGUUCGUUUGGACAUGGACACAAUGAAGAGCUUUUACUCUCAGCCUAAUGUUGGGGUCAAUCUUUUAGUAUCUGGUGGCUUGUAUCACAAUGACAGACCAACUGGAGCUGAGAUUGAAGGUCUAGUGAUUGGUGAUGUUACAGUCCUGGUCAAUAUGACACUCCGUGGAAUGACUGCUAACAUGACUUUACUAACUACUAGUGCACCAAUACUCUUUACCAUGCCAAGUAAAACUGGUGCUGGAUCACUUGUUGGCAGUGGAGCUGCAAUGAAGCUUAAUCUUUUCACUCGUCCAAAUGACAAAUUCUUCCGUAACGUCCUCACUCUUCCAGACGGUCAAGGAAGCUGUCCACUUGAUGCCUUCUUCAGUCUCAAUGCCCAAAACAACAUCAAUUUCAUUAGUCUUACUUCCACAUGCCUUGGACUAUCAAUGAUGGGCUAUAAUCUUCCUCCAGGCUCCAUUAGAUCAAAUCUCUUUAUCUCUGGAGCUUCAAAACCCACUGUCCCAUCACCUACUUAUGGCGCAUCACCUUUUGUUGCUCAUGCUUACGUGAACACUGAUUCCAACAGGCUCCAAUUGAAUCAGUUUGUGACAGUCAAUCAGCCUAGCACUGGCCCAGCUGCCUCUAUUGCUUUCUCUAACUCAAACUCAGUCACUGGCUCAAUUCAUGAUGCUGAUAUCUCUAUCCUUGGAACUCUCUUCAAUACUCCUCUUGUUUUCACAGACUCUGGCUUCACUUUCCAGACCACUACUAAUCUAUAUGGACAGUAUGCUGCUGACAUCAGUGGUGCAAUGAUGACAACCGAGGGCAGAUCCUGGACUGACUUUAACCUCACUCUCAGCGGCCAGUUCUCUGGCAGUACAAGUGGUUUUGUGACAACCCUUCAAUCCUAUGUGUACACGUUUACUGAUGAAAGGAUAGCAGAGGCUCGCUCUCGCUUGACUGUAGCUAGCAGUGCAGUCGAUCGCAGCUCUGAUGCCAUCAAUGCAUUCAACCCAAUCAUCUCAAAUAUACAAAACAGCAGGGGAGCCUUGCAGCAGCAGUAUGAGGGUGCUCAAGCUCAAUAUGAAGCUGCCAAUGCCUCAUACUAUGCUGCUAUGAGUGCCGUGGCUGGUCUAAGCGUAAAUGCACACAACAUUUACUCUGAGCUCCUCAAAGUCUGCCCAGACCACACCUGCAUGAAGGAAUGCUUCUCUUCGUCAUUCUGUAACUCACUGAUGACCGACACUUACAUUGCAGAGCAUGGAAUCGGCUCAGAGGUCAGACUUGAGCAGCUACUCCAGCACAAGACUAUGCCAGUAAUGAGAGAGGAAUGGACUACUGAUUAUGUUUGUCAGAUCAUAACAAAAAUCAAAGGAUGGGGAAGGAUUGCCUUUGACCAGAGGUGUGCAUAUACUAACAUAUUUGAGCUCUCCCAUCGUCCCCACCAACAAGCAUACCACACUAGCGUUAACGUAUCUAGAACAGUUUCAACAGUCGUUGAUACACACAAGUAUAGUGUGACACAGCCUCAAUGCACUAGGGAAAGCUGUGGUGGCAUGGCUUACGAUAUUGACUGCCUCUACCAGACUGCUGCCUGCUCUGCUGCACGAAUGCCAGUAUACAAUUCCCUCAAUGCAACCGAGAAAGAAGCAGUCAUGCCUUUUAUUAACUUGAUGGUUGCAAAGCAGAGCUUGACUAUUGCAGAGAAUAGACGUGCUUAUGCCCAGCACUUGUACAUGACAGCACAAAAUGAUGCUAGUGUUGCCACUGCUUUAUAUCAGAGCCUCCAGAAUCAACUAGCCCUUGCACAGUCUGCUAACCAAUCUGUUGCUGCAGCCGAGUCUAAUCUCCUAGCACUUGGAAACUACCUCUCCAAUAUCAAUAUCCAGACACUUCUGUCUAUCAACACCAUCUCCUUUACAACAAGUAUCACCACUGCUUCACCUCAAGUCCUCCCUAUAGCAAUAAGAUACACCAUAGCUGGUCUCGGGUCACAUACUGUAAAUGCUAAUGCACAGUUCACUGCCUCUGAGGCUGUACUAAAGAGAGAGCUUGCUAAAAUCAUAUUGAAUGACGUGGGUAAUAAAUUGAACCAGCAUAUUAGCAAACGCUCAGUCACUCUUCCCACAUUCAAUGAAAGGCAGUUUGAGGAGAGGUGUGCCAUGGUGAACUCUGUUAAAGAAUAUAUUGAACAGAUCCAUACCUCACUUCUCAUGACAAAGCAACACAUGAUGACCGCACACAGUAACAUCUCCACCACAAUCGAUAGCCUAAAUGAUGUCAUUAACUAUGUACCAGCAGAUUAUCCAGAUAUCAACAUGACAUACCUUGCUACAAUGUACAACACUAUUGUCUCUGUCUCCGAUUUGACAGCUCAAGCCAUGAGUGCACCCGAGAUUGUAUCAGUUGUCAAUGGAUCUACUCAACUUAGGAACUAUCUUGCCACCACAAGGAGCAACUUGGAGAUUGUGUCAACCAUGAACUGGUGGGCAAGCAUGGAGAGUGCCUAUCAGAUGGGAAAGAUCUCGUCCAUAGCUGGUCAAACCUGUUACAGUUUUAGUGACUGUCUUAAUGUUGCUGCCGUCACCAUAAAAGAGGUCCUUCAAGAUAGUCCAGGAACUACAGCCCAGUCUUUACUCUCAUCCCUACCAAGUGCAAAGACUCAAUUGCUCAGUUUAGCUUUGAGUGCCUCUCUUAACAUAACCCAGGUCCUCAACCAAGGACUACUCAUCCUCAACACAACUAAUGAUAUCAUAGGAAUGGACUACUGGUGCUCUGGUCUACCAGUUAUACCAGAUCCACUCAACCCAUCACUUGCUGUUGAGCUUGGCAAUACGAUCACCAUCAGUUGCAAUGCUAACUCCAACUUACCCCUCACUUACAGCUGGAAGAAGGACGGCUUUGUUGUCUCCGGUCAAACUUCAAGCAGCUUCACCAAAACUAACGCUAAUAAAGAUGAUGCUGGCCAGUAUCAGUGUCUUGCCUCUAAUGCAGUUGGUACCGUAGAAUCAACAUUUGCUGAAGUGGUUGUAUACAUUCCUCCAGUCAUUACACAACAACCAUCAGACUAUGAGACGUAUGAAGGGAAUGAUAAUGGUGGCUACUUUACCUGUAAUGCAACUGGACACCCCAUACCAUCAUUCCAGUGGUAUUUCCGUCCACAGAAUUCAUCUGAUUGGACGAUGGUCUCUAACACAAGCAACGUCCUUAUUGUGCCCAAGCCAACCAAAGCCAAUCAAGGAUGGUACCGCUGUCAUGUUAUGUCCAGUGUCAAUCACCUCAUCUCUUCUCCUGCUUAUCUUAGCAUUCUCAGAGCUAAUGCCUCAAAGCUAGUCUACACCAUCACAUUUACAAUGAACGUCACAACUGCAAUACAAAUUGAUGGUAGUGGUAAUGAUGAGCCUGUUACACCUCCUCCUACACUGGGUACCUUAGAGUAUUUCCGUAAUGAGCUAACUCUUGGUAAUGCAUCAGUUGAUCGCCUCCAGAUUGGUUUCAGUGUUGAUAACAAUAUGCUUCAAGUUCACAUUGAUCUCUCUGCCCAAUAUCCAUAUCGUCUUGAUCAAACAAUGGAAGUGCAGGCACCCAUUGCUCUUGGCUAUGAGAAGGACCUUAGAAAUGCUCUUCUCGAGUUGGAGAACAAAGUGCAGAACGGUAUCUUCUGGUUUGAGUUGGAUGGAGUUUAUUAUGAGACUGUCCACCAAGCAGCUAGCAUUGCUGAUCUUGUCUACUGGUGCCCAGAGGAGUUUGUCCUUAGAUACAGCAACUUCCUAUGUGUGUCUUGCUCUCCUGGUACAUUCUAUUCAUCUGUCAAUAGAUCCUCAGAGUGUAUGCUUUGUCCAAUGAACACCUACCAGGAAAUGGACGGGUCUACAACAUGCAACAGAUGUCCACCAUUGUCCGAAACAUUGGACGCUGGAUCAAGAUGGGAGGCUGACUGCAUUGGCUAUUGUCAUCCUGGUUAUAAUUCAAGCAAUGGUCUUGAGCCUUGCUCUCCUUGCCCAUUCUGUGAGUUCAAUGAUGAGUAUAGACAGACCUCAUGCAUGAGCUGUACAGAUGCUCAUAUUAACAAUGGAACUGCUGGCUGCUAUCAAAAUUGCUCAGAUAAAACCAUUAUCCCCAGUGCUGGUUAUCAUAUGACUGUUAUAAUUCCUGUUGUUGCUGGUGUUAUAAUUGCUGCAAUCAUUGUGAUCUUAAUUAUUGCUGUUGUUGUGGGACUUAUCAGAAAGAGAAACAAAUCUGAUUCUGCUUUUGGCAAAGUAUCUUCUAAACCUCGUGCUUCCAUUGCCUCACCCAAUGAUGUUUUAAGUUUGAUGCCUCAUGCAGAUCCAGUCAGCAAAUAUGAUGUGGAUGAAAAUGAAGAGGCAAAUGACAAUGAAAGAGAGGUUGUGAAUCCAUUAUUCCUUGAGAAUGAGCAGCAGGAGUCAGCCUAUGAGUCUCUCUCUCAUCUCCAAAUGAAAGUGAACGAGGAUGAGGGUCCUACAUUUGAAAAGAAAGAGAUGAUGGAUCCAUCAACUGUUGAUGAUGAUGAUGAUCGUUAUACUGUAACUACUGAUAAAAUGCCUUUAUCUGAUGAGUUGAAAGGAAUCGGUGGCCUUGCUGGACGAAAAGCAGCUUUGUUUGGAAAAUAACUAAAAAACCUAUAUAUAAUGUCCUUUAUAGAUGUCUUUUGUUUUGUCUUUUGCCAUUUUAUUAUGUUCAUCUUAUAAUUUAUUUUGUUGCUGCUUUAAUUAUGGUAGUAUUAUAAUGAUUAUUAUUCGUAUUAUAAAUCUAAUAAUAGA